AUGCCGUUUUGUCGCCACGAGCUUCCCACUGAUACUGAAACCAUAGCGGCUGCGCCGGUGGAGUCUACGACUGCGGCGGCGGCGGCGGUUCAGAAUGGGUCUGAGAAUAUUGGGUUGACGAUUUGGAGGCUUUCCGGAAGUGGGUUUGCGGUGGGGAGUUUUCUGGGCCCAGAGGGAGAAUUGGGGAGUGAGAGCUUCCGGUGGUGUAUACGGAAAUGGAUGGUGGGUUUAACAAUGGCACUGCGACAGAACGCCAGCUGGUCUCCUCCACCAUCAACAAGCUUGAAGAUCAACUUUGAUGGUGCUGUAUUCCGUGAGUCAGACGAAGCGGGGCUAGGAGUUGUUGUUCGUGACCACCAGGGAAGGGUGAUGGCCUCCAUGUCCGAAAAAACCAGGUUACCAUCUUCCUUAGACGAUGUAGAAGCGAUGGCAGUGGUGCGAGCCAUCUCUUUCGCUCUUGAACUCCAUCUACCCUCUGUUAUUGUCGAGGGAGAUUCGGAGCUUAUUAUUUCAGCCUUACGAAGUGAGGAGGAGUCCUUUACUUCCUUUGGCCAUUUGAUUUCCUUUAUUAAGCAGAGUUUUGGAAGUUUUUCUUGUAUUUCUUUUUCGCACACCCGCAGAUCGAGUAAUUCUCUAGCCCAUAAUUUAGCUCAAUAUGCUAGACACGUUGAUGCUCUUACAGUGUGGAUGGAGGAUAUUCCACCACAACUUCAUCAUGUUCUUGUAACAGACUUUGGUUGA